ACAAGGUUGUGGUAAACUAAAAUACCUGCCAUCGAACUACAGUGCCACGUGUAACAAACCCAAUCUCCCAAUCCCCAUAACCUAGAAAGCCGGCCAUGAAAAGAGCUCAAAGCUGGGAUCGCCACUCUAUUAUCCAUAUACAUUCAUCUAAUCUCAUGUUCUUGCUACUACACAAUAACAAAAUGUUUGUUUUUCUUGGUUUAAUCAAUAUUUGUUAAUUUUUCCAGAUCUUGUACCAUUUGGGUAAUCUCAAAUCUUGAUAAAGUUUAAAUCUUGGCAUGUGGGUGACUUUGCUUCUUUCUCAAUUUCAAAGAAGGGUCUGUAAUACUCAUUUUCUGCCUAAAAAUGUGGGUUCUUGUGGUGUUUCUGACCCGGGAUCAAGAAACAGUAACACAGCUGUCCAUGUGAAGAAAGAAAAAAAAUUUAAUAAUUAAACCAUGAAAGCAAAUGCACAUUAUUAAGGGAUCUAUUGAUGGAGUGAAUGAAAGAAAUGAUGGCUCCAGGCACCAAUAUGUCACCCUGUAAUGGGGAAAUUGAGAAUGGGUUCUGUAAAGGAAAUAUGUCAGCAAUUGAAGAAAAUCAGGAAGUGUCUGAUGGUUUGAGUCAACCAAAUGCAGGGAAGCCACCAAGAAACCAUCCAGGGAUGAGGCAUUGUAUCAGCCAAGCAAACUUGGGAGCUACUUCUGCAUUGGAACCAAAUACAGUAAUGCUUGGUCUCAAAUCACCAUCAAGUGAUAAUUGUGCAUAUGUGCCCAUCUUUCGCUCAGGAAGCUAUUCUGAGAUGGGACCCAAACAGUACAUGGAAGAUGAACAUAUCCGUAUUGAUAAUCUCCGUGAACAAGUUGAUGAUUCCAAAGGUCUUCUUUCACAAGGAGCAUAUUAUGGUGUGUUUGAUGGGCACGGUGGCAUUGAUGCUGCAUCAUUUACUCAAAAUAAUCUCCUUAAUUUUAUUUUAGAGGAUUCCCAUUUCCCAUCAAUGGUUAAAAAAGCUGUCAGGAAUGCUUUCCAGAAAGCCGAUAAUACGUUAGCAGAUACAAAGUCUCUAGAUAGUUCCUCUGGAACAACUGCUCUGAUUGCACUUAUUUUAGGAAGGACCAUGCUAAUAGCUAAUGCUGGGGACUCUCGAGCUGUAUUAGGGAAGCGCGGAAGAGCAAUUGAAUUGUCAAAAGACCACAAACCAAAUGCUACUUCUGAGAAAUUAAGAAUUGAAAAACUAGGGGGCGUCAUUUUUGAUGGCUACCUCAAUGGCCAACUGUCAGUUGCACGAGCUCUGGGUGACUGGCACAUAAAGAGUGCCAAAGGUUCAAAGGGCCUAUUGAUCUCGGAGCCAGAGUUUGAAGAGGUGGUCCUGUCAGAAGAGGAUGAAUUCUUGAUAAUUGGCUGCGAUGGUUUAUGGGAUGUCAUGAGUAGCCAAUAUGCAGUAACAAUUGUAAGAAAGGAGCUCAUGCUGCAUAAUGAUCCUGAGAAAUGCUCAAAGUUUCUUGUCAAGGAGGCACUGAAGCGUAACUGUUGUGAUAAUCUAACCGUUCUUGUAAUCUGCUUCUCUCAUGAUCCACCACCUCGAAUUGAAAUACCAAAAACUACAAGAAGGAGAAGUAUAUCAGCUGAAGGACUGGAUCUUUUAAAGGGGGUGUUGAGUGACAUAUGAAGGAGAGUCUGGUAGCUGUUUGUACAGAUACAUCUUAGCAUACACCAUGGCCAGCAAUUUUUCUGAGUUUCUGCUGGCCAUGUUUCAUAUUGAUUGUUGAUGAUGACGACAAAUACGGAGCUCCUGUAUCCUUGGAGGCUCCAAGAAGUCAAUGUUUGUCCUUUUGCUUCAAAUUAUGUACUGAUAUCAAUAUAUGAUGCAAGAUGCAUUUAUACCUCAUGAGGGAAUUGUGUUUUCCUUCCCUCCAGAACUCAGAAGAAGAAAAAGUUGAAAAGUUUCCCUUCUCUACAAAAUGAUUGUGAAGCUGAGCAUUACUGGUGUAAACAAGAUGUAAUGUGACUAUGUAUGAAAAGGGGAAAUAUUGAUCUCUCUUCAUUUUUGUUAAA